AUGCCGCCAGAGAGGAGUGAAUCCUUAGAGCUGAGGGCCCAUGGACCUGUGACCACCACCCUUCAUAGGCUGUUUCCACUGGGUCUGGUUUCAGAAGGGGGACACUUGGGAGGUAAGUGAGGAAACCUGCCCACAGAGGAAAGAGGAGAUUCUAUGAUGGCUUCCUGCCACUUCUGUCCCAGGAAGAUCUGGCAUAUCCUCCUGCUCAUAAUGAGAAUAGUUCUGCUGAAAUCAGUCAAAGUCAAUCUCAUGGACAUCACCAAGAUCUUCUCCCUCCUGCAGCCCGACAAGGAGGAGGAGGACACUGACACAGGGGAGAAACAGGCUCUCAAUCAAGCAGUGUACAACAAUGACUCCUAUACCUUGGACCAGCUUUUGUGCCAGGAGCGUUACAAACGAUUCAUCAACAGUAGGAGUGGCUGGGGAGUCCCUGGGACACCCUUGCGCUUGGCUGCUUCUUAUGGUCACCUUAGCUGCUUGCAGGUCCUCCUGGCACAUGGUGCUGAUGUUGACAGCUUGGACGUCAAGGCACAGACACCACUUUUUACUGCUGUCAGUCAUGGCCAUCUAGACUGUGUGCGUGUGCUUCUGGAAGCUGGUGCCUGUCCUGGUGGUAGCAUCUACAACAACUGCUCUCCUGUGCUCACAGCUGCCCGUGAUGGUGCUGUUGCCAUACUGCAGGAGCUCCUGGGUCAUGGUGCAGAGGCCAAUGUGAAGGCGAAACUACCAGUCUGGGCGUCGAACAUAGCUUCAUGUUCUGGUCCCCUCUAUAUGGCUGCAGUCUAUGGUCACCUUGACUGUUUCCGCCUUCUUUUGCUCCAUGGAGCUGACCCCGACUACAACUGCACUGACCAGCACCUGUUGGCUCGAGUCCCACGGCCCCGCACCCUCCUUGAAAUAUGUCUCCACCAUAAUUGUGAGCCCGAGUACAUUCGGCUGUUAAUUGAUUUUGGUGCUAAUAUCUACCUUCCAACUCUCUCCCUGGACCUGAACUCUCGAUGUGAUAAAGGCACUGCAUUGCUGCUACAGGCCCGAGCCACUCCACGGUCACUACUAUCACAGGCCCGUUUAGUUAUCCACAGAGCACUGCGCCAGGCCAGCCAGCCACAAGCCAUCGACCAGCUGGAUAUUCCCCCCAUGCUUAUUAGCUACCUCAAACACCAACUGUAAUCUCACAGCCUGUCCAGAAACACACAAUGCCUCCAGAAACCACCUGGGGAUCCAGGUAGCUGAAGGGCAUUACAGCUCUACCCACCCACCUGAAGCUGCUCUCCUGUACUAUCCUCCACAAUAAAAUCCUCAACAAAAUAAA